UUUUCUUCCAAUAUAUUUAUAUAAACAUUUUAUAGUUUUAUAAAUGAGUUUUUCGACAGUGCACGCAGAACGAUGGCAUUUUAAUUAGCAGACACUUUUAUUCAAAGCAACUUACAAAUGAAGAGUAAAACAAGCGAUUCACUGUAAAAUGAUCCAGGGGUUUAUUAGCGCCAUCUUGUGGUGGGUUUUAUUACGUGUCUAUCUGUACUUUUCUUUCCUUUUCGCUGCUGCGAAUGACCGUGCAAGUACAAAUGCGGUUGGUGAGGUUUUGGCCUUCGUGUGGGCACAGCGUAACAUGACAAUGACCGUCACACAAAGACGCAUCGACACCUGACAGCGUCUGAGGACAGAUAUGAGGAUGACGCCGAGACGAGCUCAGCAUGCUUUACCGCAGUGGAUGCGCAUGUAUUUCUACGGGAUGCACGGAGUCACGCUGGACAUCCUGCUGUCCUCCGCGCGCAGGUUCCUGGAUCACAACGACCUCAGACUGCUGGGGUUCUCCUCUCCGUACCUGUGCGUCGUGCACUCCAUCACGCAUCUGGUUUUGGAGAAGCUCUACCUGCAAAAAAGAUGCUUCCAAGAGCGACCUGUCGUCUUCCACCUCGUCUUCUACCCGUCCUUGUUCAUCUGCCUGCAGAUCCUAAUAGGGAAUGUGGUGACCUGCACGGAGAACAUCAGAGUGGUUUCCAUCACACAGCUCGUUGUGCAUUACAUCCUCGCUUUGUACUUCACAAAUGUCUUUCAUAAAGGCUUCCUGAGUCUGCAGUAUGAGGACAAGCGGGUGUUAUUGAGGUCAUCCUCCCCAAACGGGUUACCCGGCGUCCUGCGCUUCGUGUUCUUCGGGAUGCAUGGCUUUCUGGACGAGGUGCUCUUCACCUCUGUGUUCAACUUGUUUGAGAAAUCAGAUCAGACCUUGAGGGGCCACACGUCCCUGUGGUCCUUCUUCAUGUAUGGAAGCUGCAGCUUCGUGGUGGAUAAGCUCUACCUCCAUCUGCACUUCAGGAGAGGAUGGGGAACCUUGCAGCGGCUUCCCAUCUACAUCUGCUUCAUCUACACCUGGGAGUUCAGCUGGGGCUUCGCUCUGAGACAGUGUGGCGCCUGCUCCUGGGACUAUUCCCACUAUCCUCUCAAUUUCAUGGGACUGGUGACAUUGCUGUAUCUUCCAGGAUGGGUCUGUCUGAGUCUGUAUCAAGACGUCUUGUCGAAUGUUCUGCUGAGGGUUGUGUGCAAUGAUAGGAAUGACAAGGAAAUGCCGAACGCAGGUGCCAAUGGACGCCUGCUGCCAAAAGGGAAGCUGGAGAAUGACCAGUUGCAUGUGGGCUUUUCCUAAAAUAUCCUCCUGGGACCAGCAGAAAGGCAUUUGAAUCUUUGAUUGUUUGAGAAAAGAAAGAACUAGUGAGGUGAGGACUAGUUGUCACUCCAGGUUUAUUUUUGAAAGUCAAUUUCUUUAUUGACAUAAGAACCCCCCCCCCCACCCCAUCCCCCUGUAUGUUUAGUGGGGCAUGUUGUCACAGUAUAUGGGGUAAGUUGUCACAAUGGGAACUUGACUUUAGUAAAGCUCUUUAAUAACUUUUGUGCUAAAUUUAAAUACUAAUGACUGUGAAGCACGAAAAAACAUGAAACCAUAAAAACGUGCAAGUUAACAUAUAGACAGAUAUCAUUGUUAGCCAA